CUGUGAAGUGUUGUUCCAUCUUCCUGUUCAUUGUACUGAACGGUGUUAUUCAAAACAAAGCACAUUGGUGUUUGCUGGUGAAAAAUCAAAGAUACCUUUCAAGAAGUUUUACAAACUAGUUCAAAAACUGGUGCAAAAUAUUUCCCAUAAUGGAUUACGAAGAAUUGACAGUGGUUGAGGAGCAGAACCAACCGGAGAGAAAGGAAAGCGGCAAACGAGGACGUAAACCAGGCCGCAAGGCGUCUACUGAGAAGAUCGAUAUGAAGGCAAAGUUAGAACGCAGCAGACAGAGUGCACGGGAGUGCAGAGCACGUAAGAAGCUGCGCUAUCAGUACCUGGAGGAACUGGUCAGCGACCGCGAGAAGGCCGUCUUCGAGCUGCGUCGCGAGCUGGAGAAGCUCCACUACUGGGCACUGGAGGUGGACGCCGGACGUUUCCCCGAGGGACUGCAGCAGCUGCUCGAGGAGCUGGGUGCCCUGAAGCAGGAGUAAUUUACGAGGCAACUCGAUCCCCGUGAUGGUUCUUGAUGAAGUUGGGAGGCUUUAAUUUCCUUCGUAUCAGUUGUCCGAGAUUGAGUUUCCUCCGUUAUUGGGCUUUAGUAGUAGUUAUUUAUUUGGUUUGAACGAGAUUAAUAAAUUUCAAAUUGGUUCGAUACCUUCUACAUAGGCGUUAAGUUUUAAAACAAAUUAAACUUCGUUUGUUACGGGUUUAUUUUAGCUUUAAAAUUUUUAUAAUUAUGAUUUCGUUAUGAGUUUUCCUAAAAAAGUAUUUACAAAAAAUAAUAAAAAAAACCAAACGUAAAAUCUCAAAAAAUGUUUCAAAAAUAAGAAUGUGUAAACGAAUAUGGCUUAAAUCUAAAGAAGUUACCUCAAAUACCGAUAAGUUAAGUACAAUUUAAUGGUACAAUAACUGAUGAUAUAUUAUGAACCGAAGAAAAAACAAAACAUUUGAUGUACAUAAUCUAUUUCGAUCACCACUAACACAGUGAUUCAUGCAAUUAGAAAACUGCAGAAAACUGCGGAAACACUGAUACGAACGUGAGUAGAUCCACACUUAAUAGAGUUUGUUAUUCAAUUUCCCUGGUAGAACUAAAGUUCAAUAAUAACCUGACGUGUCCAUUAUAUAAUUGCAAGAAGUGUAUAAACAUUUGCUGAGUUGUUGAAUUGCUGCAAACUUCCGGGCGGCAUAUAAAUCAUAUAACUAUUUUUGUAACGCAGAUUUUAAAUGAUAUCAAUAAAAUUACCAGCAUGGAAAACAA